AUGGUGAAGUACACGCGACAGCACAGCGAGCUGAAACCCGAGGAGCUCCUGUCGGAGUCUGACGCGUCCAAGGAGGACCAGCAGCAGGGUUUCGGCGAGAUGUCCGACUCUUCUUCUUUCCGCGACGUUUUCUACUCCAAAUGUUCCGCAAUGGACCGAAUCGGCACUUUCAUGAGGAACGUGCAGGUGCUGCUGGACGCUGCCAGCUACAUUGAAAAGGUUGAGCGGAGCAGCGGGAAAUACGAGCACGGUUACGCUUCCACAUACCCUGCAUCGCAGAUUGCACUUCAGCAGAAACAGCGUAAAUUCAAGAACAAAAAACUGGACAAUAUUCACAACCGGUCGGCACACAACGAGCUGGAAAAGAACAGGCGAGCACAUCUCCGCCUGUGUUUGGAGAGGUUGAAGUCACUCAUCCCUCUGGGACCAAACUGCAGUCGGCACACCACACUAGGACUGCUCAACAAGGCCAAAGCACACAUCAAGAAACUUGAAGAGACGGACCGAAGGAGCCAGCACGCACUGGAGACUCUAGAGAGGGAGCAGAGGCACCUACAGAGGCAGCUAGCUCUGCUGCAGACUCAUGGAGAGUGGGAGAGGGUCCGCACAGACAGCAUGGGCUCCCGCAUGGAUUCUGAUCGAUCAGAGUCUGACAGAGAGGACAUCGAAGUCGAUGUGGAAAGCACCGAGUUCUCCCAUGGAGAAAUGGACAGUGUCAGCACCAGUGGUGCCAGCGACCUGGACGACCAGAGCAGCCGGCAGAGCUCGGCCAGCGACGAGGGCUACUCCACUUGCAGUCUAAAACUGGCCUUUUCUGCUUGAAGCACCAGCCAACAUUUCCACUUA